CUCCCGGCCUCUCCCCGCAGCGGUGGAGUGCCGUGCCCCCCCCAGCCCUGCCAACGGGCUCAGCACCUGCUCCCGCGGCCCUGGCAGCUUCCCGUGGAACGCCACCUGCUCCUUUGGCUGCGAGGAGGGGUUCGAGGUCAGGGGCGCGGAGACCCUCAUGUGCACCUCGUCUGGACGCUGGGACCGCGAGCCGCCCGUGUGCAAAGCUGUGACGUGUGACGCUGUCCCUCAGCCCCAGAAUGGCUCCGUGAAGUGUGCGCACGCCCCUGCGGGAGAGUUCACCCCCAAGUCCUCUUGUGUCUUCCGCUGCAAGGAAGGCUUCAGGAUCCUGGGGGCAGCCGAGCUUGCGUGCACAGCUCAGGGCCGGUGGUCCCAGGCCGUGCCCUCCUGCCAAGGUAGAACCCAGCGUAACUCCUUGGGGCAGGUGGGAUUCCUGGCGGGCUGGUUGUCAGGAGCCUCACCCCAGCUUCUGACACGGCCAGGCCAGCGGCCCUCAGCAGUGGCAGGGCUGGCGAUGGCUCGUGAGGCCGUGGUGAGGUUUGCAGCGGCUCCUCUGAGCUCUGCCCUGCGUGUCUCCUUUGCAGCGGUCCGGUGUGCAGGCCUCGAGGCUCCGGGGACAAUGAACGUGAGCUGCAGCGGGGCGCCCGUGGCCGGCGCCGUGUGCAGGUUCGCGUGCCCCGAGGGGUGGGCUCUCAACGGCUCUGCAGCCCUCACCUGCGGCGCCUCGGGAUCCUGGUCGGGGCCGCUGCCCACCUGCGAAGUGCCCGCAGAGGCCAGUCUUGCCUUGGCAGCUGGACUUUCCAUCGCGGGCACCUCCUUCCUGGCAGUGACUUCAUUUCUCCUCUGGUUUCUAAAGCGCUUUUGGAAGAAAG